CUUGUGUGAUUAAUUCGACAAGAGAACUCGACGCGUUCAGAACAUUUGCAGCGAAACUGCAAGACAGGAACGCGAAACGAAAGUGUGUGAAACGAUUAAUUUUUAAAAAAUAAAAAUAAAUAAAAAACUUAAUAAUAUUUAAAGUGCAAGAAAGCAAAGUACCAACAUGAAUUGUCUGGCAUCAAUUAUUAAAUAUUUAAUCUAUAUCGCUAAUGUAGUGUUUGUGAUAUGUGGCAUACUCAUCAUUAUACUUGGCUCACUUAUGAUUGGCAAUCUUGGCGAAUUCAAAUCAUUAGAUGAGGCUUUUAACGUUGAAGCAUUACCCAUCAUAAUAAUUGUACUAGGUUGUAUAAUAUUUGUGAUAUCAUUCUUCGGCUGCUGUGGCGCGAUACGCGAGAGUUCUUGUUGCAUGACAACGUAUGCCGUCUUAAUGCUCAUCAUGUUCUGUCUGCAAAUUGCUUUAGUAAUCUGGGUAUUUGUCAAACGUGCCGACUUCUUGAAAACUAUGGGUGAUGUUGUUGAUACGGCGUGGAAGGAGAAUAACUCCAAUAAGAAUGUUCCAAUGGACGCAUUACAGAUUAGCUUCAAGUGUUGUGGCAAAAACAAUUAUGAAGAUUAUCUAAUGGCGGGUAAUAAGGUGCCGAUUUCAUGUUGUGGUUCACUCGAGAUCAAGGAGUGUCCUGAAGAUGUUUACAAGACCAAGCCUGGCUGUAAGGAUGAAUUCGUUGGAUUCUGGUCCACAAACAUGAAUAUUAUCCGUUAUGCGGGCAUUGCAGUUGCGGGCAUUGAAUUGGCGGUAUUCACAAUAGCCUGUUGUCUGGCGAGUAGCAUGCGCAAUUCGCGAAGGAAUGACAUCUAUUAAUUUAAAAAUAAGUUACACCAAUAUACAUUGAAUUCAUUUUAGUGAAUCAUGUAUGUAUUACAACUAAUGUACAAGACACUAUAUAAGUUUAAGUAAAUAGUUAGCUAUUUUAUAUUGUUAAUCAAUUAAUAUUAUUAUUUUAUUUUAAAAUUUGUUGAUUCAUUUUAUUUAUCCUGAAUAUAUGCGAAAAUACAUGCAAUGAAACAAAUUGAAA